AAUCCAGCUUCAAUUGAGGAAGUAAGAUUUCCUAUCAGAAUUAUUGAUUGGUCCUUAGAUUAUUAUAAUGAAAAGGGUGAAGAUAAACUUAAAUCUCCUAUUAUAUUACAAGAUAAAAAUGGUCCAUGUCCAUUAAUAGCUCUAAUAAAUUCAUUAGUAAUUGGAUAUGAAGUAUCAUUAAAAAAAAUUGCCACUAAUAAUAUGGGAAUAACUCAUGAUAAUGAUCAAAAAUUGAAUGGUUUAAGGGGAUUUAAAGAAUUACUUUUCCAAAUGGAAGCUAAUAAUGGAUUUAUUGAAUUAAAGAAAUUACUUGAACAAUUAGGUGAUCUUAUUCUUAUAUAUAAUAAUGAAAUUCAUGCUGAUGAUCAAGAUGAAAUAGAUAAGAUUUUAACUAAUUUACCUCUUUUACAUACUGGAUUAAAUGUGGAUCCUAAUUUAUUAAAGGGUAAUUUUGUAAAAGAUGAUCUUGCAUCUCAAUUGUUUGAAUUAUUUGGAUUAAAAUUUAAACAUGGAUGGGUAAUAGAUCCAAUUGAUAAUGAAGAUAUUAAAUGGAAUGUAUCAGCUAGACAUGUACAUUCUGAUUCGCAAGAUCAUGUACCAGAAAGUGCACGCCUGCAUUCUCACACCCCAGAAUCAGAACAAGAUAAUUAUGGUAAAUUAGUUGAAUUAUUUGAUAAAUUACAGACAUUUGAUAAAAUUCAAGAUUAUUUAUUAAUUGAUGAUGAACAGGGACUAGAAAAACUUGAAAAAUUACAAAACCAACGAUUAAUUUCGAAAUGGUUAGAAUUAAAUAAGACUCAAUUGACCAGUAUUGGUCUUAAAAAAUUGAAUAAUGAAUUACACGAUGAAGAAGUUGUAAUAUUCUUUAGAAAUAAUCAUUUUAAUACCUUAUUUAAAAAGGGUGAUAUGGAUAUGUAUUUAUUAAUAACUGAUACAGCAUUUAAUAACAAAUCCAAUAAAAUCGUAUGGCAAUCGUUUAAUUCUGUUAGUGGAAAGGAUGAUUUAUUCUUUACAGGUGAUUUUUUACCUAUCCUUGAACUUGAUGCUAAUAUUAAUGAUGAAGGAUAUAAUGAUUCAGAUUAUCUAUUAUUAAAACAAUUACAAGAAGAAGAAGAUGAAAGGUUGGCUGUACAAAUGCAACAUGCCUUCAGUAAGAAGUCU